AUGCCCUCAUCAGGAAUCGAUUCCACAUCCGAAGAAUUUCCCACGAGUCGGAACAACAAUGGUCCCACAACACUCACAUCCACACCAAUAUUUCAAAAUGAUAGUACUACACAGGAAAAUGAAGCCAAAUUAUUACAACAAUUAAAAUCAGUAUUAACCGAUACCAAUCAACCCACAACAUUUACUAAAAACGAUACAAAAUUACAACAACUUCAACAACAACUGGAAGAGUGUUCCAAAAAAGCACACUCAUUUCUGUACACGACAUUAUCUGUGGCGGGUGCUGUUCCCUUGACUGUAUUAUUUAAAACUAUGAAACCAUUAUAUAUUUUUCCUUUGAUUGGAGGAGCUGCAGAUUUUUGGAUUACUACUCAAAAGUGUGCAAAGGAGAGAACAGAGUUCGAUCGACACAUGCUGAAAAGAAGAAGAUAUGAAUUAAUAUCUGAAAAGAAGAGAUUGGAAAUGGAAAGAAAUGCUUUAUUGGAUGAAUUAAAACGAAUGAAUGAAGGAAAAUAA